CAGAGCUCCGUCGGCACAGACCGAUAGACUUCGCUCCUGUGUCAAAUUUAAAAGAAAAAAAGUGUUUAUUACGCUCAUUUGUGAAAAAUCACAGAAAAUACAUUACUAUCAAAGUAUUUUGAAGAUCUGAUAAAGUUUUUUGAAUAUUUUUGCUCAUUAUAAAAGCGCUUCCUUAAUUAGGGCACAAUGACGGCAAUAGAAACGGAGACGUUUUUGGAGUACAUCCUGGUGGAACACCGAUGGAUCAUCGUGAUGGUGGCUCUGCUGCCCAUCUCCUUGAUUUGGAAGAUCUGGUCUACAUUCAGGAACUAUGUGGUGUUCAAGCUGAACAGUGCACCCAAAAUGCAUAUAAAGAAAGUCAAAGAAGUCCAGAGCCAGGUAAAAGCCUGGCUAGCAGGCGACCGCAGCACUAGACUGUGCACCGCCCGCCCAGGCUGGCAGGCCAUGUCCUUCCGCCAGGGUAUCUACAAGAAGACCUUCACCAACAUCAAGGUCAACCUCGUUGAUGUGCUGGAAGUCGAUAUGGAGAACAUGACAGUCCGUUGCGAACCCCUAGUCACAAUGGGCCAGUUAUCAAGAACCCUGGAGCCUCUAGGCCUAGCUCUAGCAGUGGUGCCUGAGCUGGACCAGCUUACAGUGGGCGGGCUGGUGAUGGGCACUGGAGUGGAGUCCUCCUCACAUAUCUACGGCCUCUUCCAACACUUCUGCCUGCAGUAUGAGCUGGUGCUCGCUGAUGGAUCUGUUGUUACUUGUAGUAAGGACGAGAACCCAGACCUGUUCUACGCAGUCCCCUGGUCAUACGGCACUCUCGGCUUCCUAACUUCAGCUGUCAUCAAAGUUGUUCCAGCUAAAAAAUACAUUCGCCUCGAAUACAGACCGUACAACAAGCUAUCGGAACUGUCACACCAUUUUAUUGAGGAGUCACUGAAAGACAAACCACAUGAGUUCAUCGAAGCUCUGCUGUUCACCAAGAACUCAGGAGUUCUGAUGACUGGAAACAUGGUUGACAAGAUUGGUGAUGAUGGCAAAUUCAAUCCAAUAGGCAAGUGGUACGCGGAGUGGUUCUUCAAGCAGGUGGAGCGACACCUGACCAACAACCGUACUGCGGUGGAGUACAUCCCACUCCGGGACUACUACCACAGGCAUACCAGGAGCUUCUUCUGGGAAUUGCAGGACAUAAUUCCAUUCGGCAACCACCCAAUCUUCCGUUACCUGCUGGGUUGGCUGAUGCCCCCAGAAGUGUCCCUGCUGAAGCUGACCCAGCCAGAGGCCGUCACCAAGUUGUAUGACAAGGCGCACGUCAUCCAGGACAUGCUGGUACCCGUGGAACACCUGGAGAAAGCUAUCGAUGUCUUCCAUGAUGAGUUUGAGGUAUACCCGAUCUGGUUGUGUCCGUUCAGAGUAUUCAACCACCCCGGACAGCUGAAGAUCAAGACUAACGCGGACUCUCAGAUGUUUGUCGACAUCGGCGUCUAUGGGGUGCCCAAAGCUAAGGGUUACGAGACAGUGCCGUCGACUCGUCGCAUAGAAGCCUUUGUCUCCAAACACGAUGGCUUCCAAAUGCUGUACGCAGACACGUAUACGACCCGUGAGGAGUUCAGAGCCAUGUUUGAUCACACUUUAUAUGAUAAAGUCAGGGAUUCACUGCCUUACUGCAAGGACGCAUUCCCUGAAAUCUAUGGCAAAGUCAAUAGGAAUGUUAGAAAGUAGUUUUUAGAAGUUUAAUAAGUAAGAUGUAUUUAUGUGUAUUGUUUGUUGU